GCUGCUACCCCCUCAAAGUUUCUUUCUUUUUUAUCCCACUUUACUACUUCCAGACACGCGAUACUGAGUUGGCUUCUAACUAAUUUUCACUUAUCGUGUUGGUGGCCAUGACAUACGCACGCUUCCGACCCUGCUAUCACGGCCCGUGCUGCGAGGCCCCGCGCGGCACGCGGUCGGCUUGUCGCUCCGCAGCAGCCAGGCAGUAGUGCUCGAACCCUCCCAGAAGAUGGCGACCCAGUUCCUCAUCCUGCUCGGCCUUCUGGCCGCCGUGUCGCUAGCGAACAGCGAGUGCGAGUCGGGGCAGUACUUCCAGUGCAAGGACGGCACCAAGUGUAUUUGGGGACCCUACAGGUGCGACGGAGAGAGAAACUGUGACGACGGCUCCGACGAGGAAGGCUGCGACGAUUUUAGGCGUCCGGAGCGAGCUGGCAGGUGGUUGCUUUCCCCGGCCCGCAAGGCAGCGCCCUCUUGCCGCAACGGCGGCGACUACAUCGACGGCGCGUGCCAGUGCCGGCCGGGCUUCGACGGCCCCUCGUGCGAGACCGGUAACGUUGCAGUGUAGCGUGAGUCAGAGCACAGUGGGCCAGAAGACCGGUGGAGGUGGACUAUAGCCCGGUCGCUAAACGGGACUCGAACCGAACUUGUGACCCCAUCAAUGUGUACUAAUCUCCUAUCGAGGAGUCCAAUGGUGGGUUCACAAGUUCCGUCUUGUUAAGCGACUCUGGAGCUGAAACACGUCUGGUCGGCCCGCGGGGGCAAACACUUAAAGAAAUAGUGUACAGAGUAAGGGGUGGGGUGAUUCCGGACACGGGGUAGUUCCGGACACUUUGAUUUUCACUGGGUUUGAGUAAAGAUAACUGAAAAGCCCGCAGGAAGAUAAUCAGUUAAAAAUUAUAAUUCCAAAUUGCCAAGGUGGGAGGUCAAACCGUUUGGCUGGUCGCUUCACGGAAUUUGAGUACCACGCAACUUUGAAGGUCGAUAACGUCGUUAAUAUGCAUCGUACACCAAAUCCGCUACCAGAUUUGGAAAGAGGACAAAAAAUUGGAAUCUUUCUGCAAACAUCACUUUUUUGUUUCAAAAUUUUUAGAACUUUGAAACUUUUACCGGGUUUCGAAUUUUGCACAGUUUCCAAGUGCCAACCAAAGUUGACAUCCGUUGGCUUUAAACUUAGCUUGAACCCUCUAAUCAGAAAUGUUGACCACAAAAUACGUUUUGAACAGUUCUCGAGAACGACCCAUUUCCGUGGAUCUCUGCAACACCCUGUUUCACUACGGUGUUUAGCGCACCCAGCUCGGGCUGGGCGCCCUUCCCGACCUAAUUCAGGUUCCGGGUGUCUAGCGCCCCUUCCGGGUAGGCAACCCAACGUGUCCGUGUGCACUGGGAACCCGGUGGGUGCUUCAAGAUAAUUUACACGUGCAUUUGCCUUUGUGUCUGUGUGUCGUCGUCGUCUGUGUACGUACAAGAGGAAGUUGAGCGAGAGUUCCCAACUUUGGAGGGCACUGUAGGAGUGCCUUAGAUCUUGGAACAAGCUAGGGCCCGCCCUACCGUCGAACCGAGUUGCCAGCGCCGCUUCGCGAUUCAUAGGUGUAGGGCAAUAGAUCCACCCCCCGGCAAAAGAACCGGGGGUGACUUUACCGCGGGCCAGGAAGCGGAAG